AUGUGCCCCAUCGUGGGCGAAGCUUCCUCGUACUUUCUCCCCAUGGCCACCGCACUGUCCCUCCCCUGCAGCGUCCACACGCCUCUGGGCCCUCUAAAGGGGAAGCGGGAAUGGGGGAGGGCGGUGGUUGGGGAAAAGGGGAGUGAGGCACCUUUGCUCGAAUCUCCCACACUCCAACACCAGCCGCAGCAGCUGCUGGAUCUUCGCCUCUACUUGCUCGGUCGGGUGGAUCCUCCUCCGGUGGGGCAAAACGGGAAGGGAGAGUGGGGGCGCCUCAAAAGAGCUGCUGAGGCUUUGCCUCUACUUGCACCGGUGGGGCCCUCCUCCUAUGGGGCAGGCAGAGAGGGGAUGGGGGUGGGCG